AACGCAAGGUGCAGUGCGACUGCAGCCAGCACCACCAAGGAGCAUGUCAUGCUACUUGUGCAGAAUGUUCGAAAAACAGCGACAAAAGUGCAGUGGCGCAUAUUCCAGUUCGACCCCAAGUUUGAGGACGAUAUCACACGGGAGCUGAAGCACACAGGUGCGGGUGUGCUCUCCAUGGCCAAUGCCGGGCCCAACACCAACGGCAGCCAGUUCUUCCUCACUCUCACCCCCACUCCCUGGCUCGACGGCAAGCACACGAUAUUUGGCCGUGUUUCGCAUGGGAUGGACGUGCUGAAACGGCUGGGCAACGUGCAGGCCGACAGGACUGACAGGUGA